AUGAACGUCAGUGGAACCAUGUAUAACACAGGACGACAUGUUUCCCUUCGAGUGGACAAGGAGCAUUUGGUAAACAUCUCUGGAGGGCCCAUGACUUACAGCCAUCGUUUAGAGGAGAUCCGGUUACACUUCGGCAGUGAAGAUGGCCAAGGAUCAGAGCAUCUUCUUAAUGGACAGGCCUUCUCUGGGGAGGUCCAGCUCAUUCACUAUAAUCACGAAUUAUAUACAAAUGUGUCAGAAGCUGCAAGAAGUCCAAAUGGUUUGGCAGUAGUAUCCAUAUUCAUUAAAGUGUCUGACUCAACAAAUCCAUUCCUUAAUCGAAUGUUAAACAGGGACACAAUAACAAGAAUAACAUAUAAAAAUGAUGCAUAUUUACUGCAGGGGCUUAAUAUAGAAGAACUCUAUCCAGAGACAUCUAGUUUUAUUACAUAUGAUGGUUCCAUGACGAUCCCACCCUGCUAUGAAACAGCAACAUGGAUAAUAAUGAACAAGCCGGUCUAUAUAACAAGGAUGCAGAUGCACUCCUUGAGACUUCUUAGUCAAAAUCAGCCAUCACAGAUAUUCUUGAGCAUGAGUGACAAUUUCAGGCCAUUUCAGCUUCUCAACAACCGCUGUAUUCGUACUAACAUCAACUUUAGCUUGCAAGGAAAAGACUGUCCAAACAACAGAGCACAAAAGCUGCAGUACCGAGGGAGUACUUUUAUUGCUGUGACACAGUGCAAGCUCAUGGUGAUAUACCUUGAAGACUUUCUUAUGAUAUUAUACAUAUAUGUCGCAAUGUUACUAAACAGUUAG